AUGAGGGCCAUUAGGUUCCCGAGCAAGACUCCUCAGGAAGCUUGGAAGUUCACUGUUUUGCUUAGGAUUCUUGAGCUCUCUCAUGAGGCGCUGGUUAUGGGUGUUGUCACUACGAAAAGAGACAUGUACUAUCGAGAUCCCGAACUUUUCUUGAAGCAGGCCGUUGUCGAUCGCUAUGUUGACGACCUUGCGUACACAUUGGGUGUGGAACGGGAUGCAUUGAAUGUUGCCGCAGCCAAAGGCUUGGUUGCCGGAUCUUUCACCACCAAGAGAAAGGAUAGUUCAGUUGUUGAUUACUGCUCCGAACCUCAAGGCAUUCUUGUCCCAAAUGCCAAAGAAAUACAGUCUAUCCAAUUGAUCGAUGUCAACUGGGUUCUUGUAAUUGAGAAAGAGGCAACCUUCCGUACCCUAGCCAGCAAGCAAUACUGGCAAACCUGCUUCGCUGGGAAAGGAAUCAUCAUCACUGCAAAGGGCUACCCCGACAUCCGAACCCGACAAUUCCUGCACCUCCUCUCCACAAGCCACCCCCACAUCCCAAUCUUUUGCCUGGUAGACUUCGACCCCAACGGCAUGGGCAUAAUGUCCACCUACAAGUAUGGUUCUAUGGCCCUCUCUCACCAGAACCAAAAUCUUGCCGUCCCAUCCAUCCGCUGGCUUGGAAUCCGGGGUUCUGACAUCCUCCAGAUGAAAGACUGCGAGGUGACUGGACGGUUAAAACUGACAGACAGAGAUCGGAGGAUCGCAACUCGUAUGUUGGAUAAGGAGAUCUUCCAAGACGGAGCAAGGGAGGAGGGGUGGAGGAGGGAAUUGCAGAUCAUGUUGAUGUUGAAUUGUAAGGCUGAGAUCCAGAUUCUGAGCUCGAGGGAUGAUGGGUUGGAGGGUUGGCUCGAUGAGAAAUUGCUGGAGGCUCUGAAUGAAGGGCGUCAAUGA